GUAAUAAAUAUGUCAAACACCCGUGUUAAAGAUAUUGAGUUAUUCAGUAUGGGUUAAAUUUUGAUUAAAUCAUUACUAAAAUCACUAAUCAUAAUAUUAAAAAACUUAAUUAAAACCUAAUUAAACCUAUUAUACCAUCACAAACAUGUAAAUCACAUUAAUAUGCAUGAAAUACAAAGCUUUGACCCAUUAAGUGUCUAAUUUUGAAAAAAUCAGCAUUAAGCACACUAAUCACAACAUUAAAGACCUUAAUUACUUCCUAAUUAACACUAUCCUGUUAUCAAAAAUAUGUCAAACAAUAUAUUAGCCAUUAAACAUAUAGAAUAUACUUAAUCAUCUCAUAAAUCAGACAUCCUUCUUGAUUAAAGUGUUCUUCCUCUUAAUCUUCCUAAAUUUGAUCCAAUCCACAAAUCACAGUUUUAUUGAGUUUAAGAGUGAAAAUGUGAGAAUGAGAAAGAGUUUGAAAGAGAAAAAUGGGUUGUAAGAAAGGGGAUGAAAGGGUUUAAAAACCAUUUCUUUUGGUUCAAACGAUUAAAUUGAUCGUUUGAAAUAAGGCAAUCUCAUACCUUGAUCGGUAAUGGUCGAAAUCCGAUUGUUACCAAUCAGUACAGGUCGAUAACGAUUGAAUUUCAAUCUUUAUCGAUUGGUACAGACCUCGUAACACUCGAUAUGGGGUCAUGUAACGUGUAUCGCCCAAUACGGGGCGGUCCGCGUAUUGGUUCCCUAUCGGAUCGAUAUGCAUCUCCUAUACCAGGCGGUAUACCACAUUAUGACGAUCCUUGGGUGUUGAUGAGUUUUGCUAUUGCCUUUUAACCAGGUUUAUGUAGCAUAAGCAUGGUAAUUAGAAAGAGAGGAAAUAGAGAGGAGAGAAAGAUAAAGGCAGCAAGCUGUCACACUUAACACUACAUUAAUAAUUCAUCUUAAUGUAAUUGAAUACAAGGGUGAUUAGCACCCUUAUAUAUAAAAAAAGUUUUUUGACCCUAGCAAGGUCAUGACAUCGAAUCCUGCCUUAACUACUUCUUGACAGACAACAUUACAUGCUUGACCGUUAAGCCACCUAAAGAGCAAAACAAAUCAUUGUAUAAUGAUAUGUUACCCUAAAUAACUAAUUGACUACUUCUAAUUUGACUUAAAUCAGUAACUUGUCUUCUAGGACUCUCUUCUCAAAUAAAUCUGUUCAAACACGUUUAACUUGGGUAGUUGAUAAAAUAAACCUAAAGAUCCAAUGAAUAAUUCAGAAAAAAAUGAGUAGACUACCCGGGGGCUAGAAUUAGGACCCUAAUUUGACAUAUUUUAAUCACUUGAAUCACAUCUUAUCAUAAUCAUAUUUUUUUACUAUUAAAAUUAACCUUCUUGACUAGGGCUUUGACCAAUUUAAAGAGAAAUGCCUCAUGAGGAGCUUAUCUGGUAGAUGUCAUAAAUGAUUUGUAUUGGCUUGUAACACUUUGGUCUUAAUUUUUAUGCAUACCCUACAUGCAUGACUAAAAUAGGAUGCAACCUUGGAGUUUACUAUUGCUAUUAAUAAUAUUAUAACGAAAAAGUGGCCAAUUUGAAACAUAUUAACUUGUUAAACAAAAGGAUAUGGUUUCUCCUAUACAUGGGUGUUUGAUAAUUGUAUAUAGUUAUAAGCACCUAACCGUAAAAAACACAUGUAUAUCCUAUCUAGAUUUAUAUACAUAAAAAUGUCGUCAUCUAUAUUUGUGUUAGCAUGGGUCUGUACUUGCUCACCUCCCCAUCCAUCACAUGGGUGUGGUAAUAAUAUCUCUAUCUGCAUAAUAGAGUCUACAUAUUUCAAAAUCUUAUGUAUAAAACUUUUCAUGGUAAGCUCAUCUUCUCAUGGCCUCUUUACCAAUGUAUAACCUCGUAAUAUGUAUAACCCCUUAACAUGAUAGAUGCAUAAUAAAGAGAUAAAAUUCUGAUUCAAAGUAAAUCGGAGUGCACAUGUGCAAUAGUAGGUCAUAAUACAUGUAAUAGACAAUUAUGGUAGAUCAAUGAACUCCCACAUCAUAUACUAUAAGAUAUACGUGCACUCUCACGCUACGUGUUAUAAUAUAUAUAUAUAUAUAUGCACUUCCACAUCAUGCUAUCAUAGACUUAGUUGGAAUUGCCGAAGUCAUAAGGCACCCUUGUGUUAUCUAUCCUUAAAGGGUUAGCCUAGAAACAACCUUACUUAGGUCCCGAAGGACUUGUAAAAGAGCAAAUUGAUUAGUUUAAUAAACUAGCAAUAGAUAAGAUCCGAUGUCUUGCCAAAGAGAGCAGCUUUACAAGCAAUUUAGCAAACACUUAACGUGCAAGAGAGAAAAAAAAGAAAGAGAAAAUGAGGACUUCCGAAGACAAAAGAAUAGUCGUAAGUCCGCAAAUGACUGCUCACUAUGUGUUGGGCAUGUCGACAAGUUCCCGUAGCCUUUACGUAUAAACUUAUAAAUUCAAUCAAUGCCCAACACUACCCUAAACCCCUACCCAACCUUACGCUACCCAAGGGGAUCCAAGGGGUUGAGAUGGUUGACAUUUUGCUUUGCACUGUAGCCUGUAGAAAACAAGCCAUGACAUAAAAACUCAAUGGUUGCUCUGUAGCUUUACAAACUAUUCUUGCUUAUAGUUUUUGAGGAAAAACACACAAAAACAAGGUAGAGCAUUGCCAUGAACUUAGUUGUCAUUGCCUAAGUCGUGUGGCACCCUUGCGUGUCCGUCCGCAAAGGUCAGCCUCCUUGAAACCUUCUAUGAUCCUUUAAAACCUACAAAAGAGAAAACGGAUUAAAUAAAGCAUUUCACUCGGGAUCCAUAAGCAACCAUUUUAAAAAACACUUUAUAGUCAAUGCAAAUUAUAACUAUAGACUUCGCAAGCUCUAAACGAUCGCACAAUAAAGGGUCCAAAAUUGUCAAUUACAUAUCAAAAUCUCCACAAGUGCUCACAUGACACAACCUUUGUUUGUAAGCCUAAGACAACCACUAAAACCUACCAAAAUUGGAUUGCUAAGCCCACUAUCAGCCCUUUACAUGUUGUGCAAAGCAUGAACAAAACCGAAAGACACGGACAUACAUGAGCAUUACAUCAAACAUUCUGUUUACAAUUUUGUCCAUGAAGUUCUCCCCCACUUAUUCAUUCGAUGUCCUCGUCGAAGUCUUUGCAGACGUUGCAUCUCUUCGCCUUCUUUGAGUCUUCAAUCUUCUGCUUGAACUGCAACACGCCUCUUGGCUCCCAACUGCUCUUCGUCGUCGUUGUUGAGUAGUUGAACCUUAAUCUCCCAUGCUGCUUCAACGCGCUAAUGACUCUUGACUCUGGUGUGGGGACGGCUGAGUUGUGUUGAUCCUUGUUGGUUCCUAUGGAUCCUUUAGAUGAAGGAAAAGACCAUCUUUGGUAUGCGCCGGUCUCUCAAAUGCCUCAUGCUGCUUGAACUAGGUGGAUGCUUGUUGGAGCUUUAACAAGUUUGAAAUUUUUUUUGAGUCAUUUCUCCACAAAAUUUGUCCAUUGAUUCUUCUUUUCUUUAGUUGUCAUUUCCAAGUAGGUUCGCAUCAUUUUUGCUUUUAAUUGACAUUUUAUUGGGAAAUGAAGCAGACAAUCUACUCUCAAUAUUAUCGAUCAUCAUUGGUGAAGAUUUGAUAACUAUUGUCUUCCCUUCGAUUUUUUCGAAGAAUCUUUGAACCUGUGCAGAGCUCCUUUGUUGGAUAUCUAGGAGAAUUUGGGUACUCGGGUUCGCCCAUUCUCUUAAGAGUUGAAAAGACAAAUGUUACUUGACUUCGCCUGCUUCCUCAAGAGUUGUACUCCAUGCAUCGAGUUGGUUACUAGCCUUUGCUCGCUCUUUGCUCACACUUCUAAAGCACUCGAAGUAUUUGCACUCCUUAUAUUGAGUUAACUACUGUGAUUUACCUUCUCAAUGCAAUCGAACUUUUGGAAUGUAAGAAGCUUUCAUACUAACUUGGAGCAAGUCUCUAAUAGUUUUGGUCGUCUUUGGGAUUGUACCGUCUUCUCCAUCAUCUCUGUCGCCUACUCCUCAGAGUAGCGAAGGUACAACACCACGUAUUGCCUACUUCGUUCCUUGGUCGAGCACUCUUACAUCGACUCGAAGUCCUCCGCUUUCAGCUAUCUUGAUGAGAAGCUCGUUGACAUCGGUCUUACGAAGUUCCUUUGCCUCUACCUUUCAUUCUUAUCUCAGUUCUUGGAGUUCGCUUCUGCAUUCUCCACCUCCUUGGCCCCUUUUAUGAUCAAACGCUCUCCCUCUAUAAGAGUAAGGGAUCGAUGACUCUAUAGAAGUCUCGCCUCUGUGGUACCAUGGCGCUGCCAUGCCCAUGACCCUACUAUCCGUUGUCUCGCAUCUACGUCCCUUUCUUCGCGAUCGGUAGAUCCACCUUUGCGACACUGUGACACUUUUUUGAGUCAACCUACAUUCUAACCGAUACUUGGUCUUGGGUAGCUAAGUCCCUUUGGACUUGUCAUUGCUUUCUCACCCCUUUCGACCACCUGCUUCAACACCUUUGUGUUCUCCGAGCAGUUCCCUUUGGUCGAUGGAAAGACAAAUUGUAACCCUUAUGCAUGGCCAUCGCCAUCAUGUUACAGGGCUCGCAUCGAUUUUGUUCUCCUUAGCUUCCUUGAUAGCAUCGUCCGCUUAUUCAGCCUUGUUCUUUGGCUUGCUAGGUCGCUUCUUUGACUUCCUUGAACUCGGACUACGAUCCCUCUAUGUGUAGCUUAUGUCAGCACAUCGCAGGGUAUCUGCCACUUCCGAUCGUGUUCGCUUCUUUGGCAAUCGACCUUUGUCCACCCGCUCUCGGAUCACACCCAGAUGAAGCACAACUCUAGGACAGUUCGCCGCCUAUAAGCUCCCGAAGUCCAUUGACUUCGUUGAAAUUGGUGCACUAUUGUUUAGAUCCUGGGCCUCUGCCCCCAUCAGCAUAAUCCCGCUAUGCACCGCUUCCUUCAUGGCAACUCAAAUGGUAGCACUACGACAUAUUCUUCAAGAGUACCCACCUCCGUAUCCUCUUACCCCGUGCCAAUGUCUUUUGACCCCAACUUCACCUCCGCAAGUUGAGUCGUCUUAGUUCUUCGUCAAAUGCUUCUCCAAGAUAAGGUGUAUAUGCCUUGAAGCUCCCUUCAUCUUUGACACAAUGCAGGAUGAGUCUGCUCCAUCAGAAUGAAGGACCCAUGGAACGACAUGAUCCUGCUCUUGCCUUUAUAGGAGUUCAUGUCUUUGACCUUUGUCUAAGGAAAGCUUUGUGCCUCCGCUCUAUAUUCCAUCUUCUAUGUCGAUUCCCUUAAUGCUGCUUGGGUACUUCACCACGUUAUACCUAAGUUUCUUCGCUCCUCGAUUUGCAUUGGGUUGAUGGUGGUCGUCGCACCCACCAUUCUAUAGGUCAGCCCUCCAUUGAGUUCGAUCUUUAUAUCGGCUUCAAGCAUGCCUUCAUUUUGUGUUGCCUUGGAUCGCUUCCCCACUUGAUCUCGUAAUACAUCCACCAAUGCAUUACCUCAUAUGAGAUCAUGCGACGACUCCUCAUCGCUCUCUCGGUCCGUUAAGCUUUGUGGAGAUGUAGUCUUGAGGUACUCAAUAUUUACGGUCCGUUGCAUAUGAUUCUCCCUCUUGUCACGGACUUAGUUGGUUUUGCCUAAGUCGUAUGGCACCCUUGUAUGUCCGUCCGUAAAGGUCAGCCUCCCCGAAACCUCCCAUGGUCCUUUAGGACCUAAAAAAAAGAAAACGGGUUAGAGAAUGUGCCUCACUCGGGAUCCACAAGCAAACAUUUCAGAAAACACUUCAUAGCGCAAAUUACAAACAGACUUUACAAGCUCUGAACGGUUGCACAACAAAGGUUCCAAAAUGGUCUACUACAGACCGAGUAUCUCUCACAAAUGUCCAUAUGACAUAACCUUUAUUUACAAGUCUAAAACGGCCAUCAGACCCAACUAAAAUGGGGUUGUUAAGCCUUCGACCGGCCCUCUACAUGUUGUGCAAAGCAUGAACAAACCAAAAGACACGGAGAUACAUAAGCAUUACAUCGAACAUCCUGUUUAGAAUUUUGUCUAUGAUAUUCUCCCCCACUUAUUCCUUCGACGUCCUCAUCGAAGCCUUUGUCGACACUGUAACUCCUCGCCUUUGCUGAGUCGUCAAUCUUCUGCUCCAGCUGCAAUGCGUCUCUUAGCUCCCAACUGCUCUCCGCUGUUGUUGUUGAGUAGUCGAACUUUUGAUCCGUCAUGCUGCUUCAACUCGCCAAUGACUCUGACUCUAGUGUGGGGUUGGCUGAGUUGUGUUGAUCCCUGUUGGUUUAUGCGGAUCCUUCAGAUGAAGGAAAAGAUCAUCCUAACUAUACGCUAGUCUCUCAAAUGCCUCAUGCUGCUUAAAUUGGGUGGAUGUUUGUUGGAGCUUUAACGAGCAUCGCCUCGUAAACUUCUGAAGUUUUCGGAUCCUUCCUCCACAAAAUUUGUCAAUUUACUCUUCUUUCACUUAGUUGUCACUUCCAAGUAGGUUCAUAUCACUUUCGCUUUUGAUUGAUUGACAUCUCUUGGGAAAUGAAGCGGAUAAUCUACUCUCAGUAGCACUGAUCACCAUUGGUGAGGAUUUGAUAACUAUUGUUUUUCAUUUUGUUUCUUCGAAGGGUCUUUGAACAUGUGCAGAGCUCCUUUGUUGGAUGGCUAAGAGAAUUGGGGUACUCGGUUUCGCCUAUUCUCUUAAGAGUUGAGAAGGCAAAGGUUACUUGUCCUCGAAGUUUGUACUUCAUGCAUCGAGCUGGUUACUAGCCUUUGCUUACUCUUUGGUCACACUUCUGAAGUACUUGAAGUUUUUGCACUUCUUGCGUUGAGUUAGUUACUGUGAUUCACCUUUUCAAUGCCAUCGAACUUAUGGAAUGUAGGAAGUUUUCACCCCAACUUAGAGCAAGUCUUUUGUAGUUUUGGUCGCCUCUAGGAUUGUACCGUCUUCUCCAUCAACCUUACCGCCUACUCCACAAAGUAGCAAAGGUAUAGCACCGCGUAUUGCCUGCUUCGUUCCUUGGUCGUGCUCCUAUAUGCUGAUGACCAAGGCUUUCAUCCGAUGUAAAAUUUGAUGCACUCCCAAAAGACCUGUCUCUAUGAUACCAUGACUUUCACUCCUUGAAUCCAUAGCCCUUCUUGUCGUCAUGUUGUUCAUCGAAGUAGAACUCCCAAUAGCUACCAAUCAUACCUCCGUAUGAUAUAGUCCCUUCCGGGACUAGAUUUGUGUGUAUCGCAUUGCCACGAACUAUUCCACCACGAUCCGCUGCACCAUGUCGCCUCCUCUGCCAACAUAUCGCAGGGCCUCUUCCACAUUCGAUUGUGUUCGCUCCUUUGGCAAACGACCUUCGUCCACUCGCUCUCGGGUCACACUCAAACGAAGCACAGCUCUAGGAUAGUCCGUCGCCUAGUAGCUCCUGAAGUCCAUCGACUUCGCUGAAAUUGGUGCACCAUUGUCUGGAUCCUGUGCCUCUGUCCCUACCAGCUAUUCUUGCAUGGAUUAUAAAGAAAAUUGAGCAAAACCUAGUGAUUCUAAAGUUGUAAACCUUAGAAAGUUGAGUUCGCUCCACCCAAAGCUUAGAGAGAGUUCUAAGGGAGGUGUGAGAGGGAUUCCUUGUAAAAGAGGGUUGUAAAAGGUUGUCUCCUAAACCUGUGAAAAGGAGAAGAGGGGUGUAAAAGGGUAGUUGGUCUUUGUCCAUUCAAAGAAGACCGAUAGUGGAUGCCGGUGGCCUCGACGGAAGAGGAAUCGGCGAAGUGGAUGUAGGUCACGACGACUGAACCACUAUAAAAAUUCUGGUUUGCGUUUCUCUUGUGAUAUUUACUUUACUGCAAACCACUUUAUUUGCUUUACAUCCACUACGCUCUUCCGUACGCUUUCAAAGUUAAUACCUUUACGAAAAGGUUUUUCGUCGGAAACAGAUUUAAUCGCAACUAAGUUUUGAACCGACGUAAUUUUUACCACUGCACUAAUUCACCCCCCUUAGUGCCGACUUUUUUCCUAACAAUUGGUAUCAGAGCCUCGUUAUUUCUCACUUAGUUUAACACCCAAGAGAAAUAGCUCUUUUCGGCUUUCAAGAGGGACUUUCUCUUAUUCGUCCUCCCUUGUUCAAUGGGACGGACUACACAUAUUUGGAAAGCUCGAAUGAGAGUUUUCUUACUUUCUUUGUAUUUGAAUUUAUGGAAUAUUGUCGAAAGCGAUUUUCGAAGGUCUUCUCUUCUAAUGAACUAUUGGAAUGAUUUGGAGAAGAGGAUUUUUUCUUUAAAUGCUAGAGCUAUGAAUGCUCUAUUUUGCGCCUUGGAUAAAACCGAAUUUAAAUGGGUUUCUACUUGCGAAACGGUUUUUGACAUUUGGUAUACUCUUGAAAUUACACAUGAAGGCACUAGCAAAGUUAAAGAUUUAAAAAUCAACUUUUUGAUGCAUGAUUUUGAACUUUUUCAUAUGAAACCAAGCGAAACCAUUGGAGACAUGUACACUCGUUUUACGGAUGUCGUCAAUGGUUUAAAAGCACUUGGUAAAAGUUUUUUGGACUUUGAACUUGUAAACAAAAUUUUACGUUCUCUUAAUAAGAACUGAGAUUCGAAAGUAAUCGCAAUACAAGAGGCAAAAGAUUUUAAUAAUUUUUCACUUGAAGAACUUUUUGGUUCAUUAAUAACAUACGAAAUGACGCACAAUGCACAAAACGAACUUAAGAACAUCCUUCCAAAGAACAGGAAGGAUUUCGGACUUGGAACAAUCGAAGAUCACUCGAGCAUAAGCUCAAGUGAUGGUGAACUUGAACUCCUCGGUAUGAAAUUUAAAAAGUUCUUGAAAUAAAAAUUGAAGAAUAAAAAUAAACUUAAAAAGAACGCAACUACUUGCUAUGAACGCAAGAAGAAGGAAGCAAUCUUGAACGAAACGAGCUCAUUCGAAGAUGAAGGACAAUCCAACAAAGGCGAGGUGACAAACUACGCCUUAACGAUUUUCAACAAUGAGGAUCCUAACCUAGCUGUGGAGGCAAUGUCUUCAACUAGUUCGUCUCAGUCAUCAAGAGCCUCAGACAGACCUUCGUCACAAUCAGCUCAAUCAUCAAGAGCAUCGGAUAGACUUUCAUCUCAGUCAGCUGCUCAGAAUGUGAGGUCACAAAAUUCAGGGUCUGGUAGUGGAAGUACUGGAACAGCUGCAUCAAUGGGCAGGAAUGCUAAUUCAUCGAGGCUAUAUCAACGAUCUAUACAUUUUUCUGCCAAUGCUUGGGUACUAGUGGUUGUUGUGCUUGGGAUGCUUCCAGUUUUGCCAAGAAAUCUUUCAAACAGGGCAUAUCAUUUGUCGUUGCUGGGUACUACUUGUUCCUCGGUUUAUUCAUUAUACACUCUCUAUGGGAAACCGAGGGCAUGGAACCUCUCUGCUAUCCAAACAUGGUUUCAAACACUGAUCGGAGCAAAGGAUUUUAUUCAUUUGAUAUAUUGUAGUACACUUGUUACAUCACAGCUACACUUUAAAUUUGCUCUCAUACCUGUAUUUUCUUGGGCUCUUGAGCAUGUGGCCAAAUUUCUAAGGCGUAAUUUUGCACAUUCUUCUUUAUACAGGAAAUACUUGGAGGAACCUUGUUCGUGGGUAGAGGCAAAUGGAACUACAUUGAACAUUCUAAGUUCAAACGCGGAGAUUGGAUUGGGCUUUCUUCUAAUCAUAUCCUUAUUCUCGUGGCAGCGCAAUAUUAUUCAGACAUUCAUAUACUGGCAGCUGCUGAAGCUCAUGUACCAUGUUCCUGUAACUGCUGGUUAUCAUCAGAGUGCGUGGGCAAGGAUUGGUCGGACUGUGAGUCCAUAUAUCUAUCGCUAUGCUUUUUUCUUAAACGUCCCCAUAUCUGCAGUUCAGAGAUGGUGGUUAAGGUAGAAGGAAGAAAGGUAGUAGGUGGUUACGGUGGACAAUAGCUACCUUCUGAUAGAAAACCACGGUUGGUAAAACCGAACCUAGAUGUGGCCAUUUCCUGGAGGUGCUUGUUGAUUCUUGUGCUUGUGCUGCGGCCAAAUGCAGGAGUUUGUCCAUUGCUAUGAACCCAUUUUGUGAUCUUCUGCCAUGCGAUUAAACGGGAGAAAAUACAGCAUACUUGCUCGUAUUUUACUUGGCACUAGAGUUGAGAACUCAUUUUUGAGAGUCCACCUGAUUGCAUUGUGUUUCCUCUUUUUGUUGAUUGAUGCUGGUGGUGAAGUCCUCGAAGCAGAUGAUUGCCAUUGAUUGCUGUCGGUGUCAAGCUGAUGAUGCCCUUAACAGCAGGGGAGAGGAAAAAGUGACUGUUCUGUUUGUGUUUGAAAGGCUGAUAGAACUUUUUGAGGUGGAGUGAAUGGUGUAUGUAUUAUAGGCUAGUUUUCUUGUCUCCAAAAGAGAGGAAGAGUGAGUUGGAGAACGUUGUUGGCUUAGUGUGUGUGUGUGUGUAUGUAUUUCGCUGGGAUCCGAUGGAGAACGCUCUUCGUACAAGUCUAGUUUUCGCUUGCAAUGCGAUGGACAGGGAUAACAAGGUAAAUGACUUGUCAUGUCGAAUGAAUAUAGGUGGUCAAGCAUUGGACAUGUGCAUGAAGAGCCAAGUUUGGGGGCACAGAUCUGGUCAACGUGAGCAGUUAAAAUUUUCAGUCAACAUUAUAUAUCUCUUUGGAUUGGUGUUGCCCCAUAAUUUUUGGAAAUACAUGUUGCUGUCAAUUUGUUAGGGGA